CAAAAGCAAUCGUAAAAUUCGCAUACUUUCGUAACUUGAUAAAUAAAUAAUCUGGUUUCUUAGGAAAAGAUAUCCCUUUCUAAACGUAUUGGUGCUUUAAUCUCAAAGAUAUAAAAUCAUUUUAUGAUGUGCGUUCAAGUUAGUAAAAGAAUUUGUUUUAAUGUCUCAGGUUACACUUUUGUAACUUUUUUUGAAACACUAAAUCGAUUUCCAGAUACACUUUUGGGAAACAAAAACCGUCGAGCUAAAUAUUUUCAUUCAGUAUCCAACACGUAUUUUAUUGACCGUUCAGCAAUAGCGUUUGAAGCAGUUUUAUUUUUUUACCAGUCAAACGGUCGUUUAAUAAGACCCCCUGGCAUGUCAAUUGAAAUUUUUGAAGAAGAAUGUUUAUUUUACGACUUAGGAAAGGUAGCAAUCGAAUCAAUGAAAGCGCUUGAUGGAUUUGAAAUUACACUAAAAGAAACUACCCCAAUUCAAACUAACCGCACUCUCAAUAAAAUAUGGUUUUUUAUUGAGAUGCCAGAGUCAUCAACGCCUGCGCAAAUUUAUGCAUGUAUAUCGAUGAUUCUCAUUCUUUUUGUUGUCACGAUAGACUGUGUUAGUACAGUAGAUGCGUAUAAAAACUCAAUACUGCUUAAGUUAUUGAACAAAGCAAAUUUUUAUUUGAACAUAUUUUUUGCAGCAGAAUUUAUUAUAAGGUUAUUAUCAUCCCCAUCAAAAUGGAAAUUUAUGACGUCAAUAGGAAAUGCGUUAGAAAUUUUUUCAAUAUUUCCAUCAUUUUUGUUAACAAUUGUCGAAGAAAAGCAUACUGGCGGGAUAAUAUUUGUACGAGUUCUAAGAACAUUAAGAAUACUGCGGCUGAUGCGACUAUCCAAAAAUUUUCAUUCACUUUCUGUUGUUUUAAGCAUAUUAGUAGAUUGCUUUAAAGAUAUAAUCAUGUUGGUGUUUAUUAUGAUUGUUUUAUCUGUGUUUUUUGGUAGUAUUGUUUACCACGCGGAGCUGGAGAGUAAAGAUACUCCUAUAUCUAGUAUACUAGAAGGAAUGUGGUUUGCUUUACAAACGAUAGUAACGCUGGGUUAUGGUGAUGUAGUUCCAGUUACUUUUUUUGGAAAGAUUUCAUCUGCUUUUACGGCAGUAAUUGGGGCUUUAUUGAUGAUUAUACCACUGUUAUACCUGGGCGGAAAUUACUUUACAAAAUACGCAAAAGCUUGUGGAAAUUUUGCAAAUGCUUAAACUCGUGUAAUUUUAUUAGAUACUCUGUUUAAAAAAUGGUUCAAAUAAAUAAUCUCCCUAAUUUCUAUUCGCAUUUAUUGUUUGAAUGAUUAAUAUUUUGUCAUUUUUAUAAUUGGUUUUUAGAAUCAUUUAAGUUAUGACCGGAGUAUGUAGAAGACAAAAUUAUUAUCAUUUACCCAGUUGAUGCCAUUUACGCAUCUUAAAAACCAAUAAAGUAACAAUGUAAUAAAAGUAAUAAAUGUAAAUAAA